AUGAGUAUGUUGCAAAUUAAAGGCGAAGGUGGUACACCAACCAGGGGACAUGACCAGACGUUAAAGUUUGCGAGGACCAUGAUGCGCCAAACAAAGAGCUUCGUUGUACAUUUGGAAGAGGAGAAUCCGAGGAUGCACGUGGCAGAGAGGGAGUGGGAAAUGAGAAGGCAAAAACAAGUAGAUGGAAUUAACUCCCCUUCUCAAGUUCCAAUCAAAGCUCCCACUCCUCCAUGGAUGAAGGGUCCUCUUCUUCUCCAACCCCACGAGCUCGUUGGCCACUCCAACUCCAAAUCCAAGAAGUUCAAGGUGGAAAAACAAGAACUUUCUGACAAAGCUUUGAUGGGCAAAGAGGCCAGGGGGAGGAAGGCCAUGAAAAAAAUCGUGGAGAAGGUUGACAAGCUUCGCAACACCCAGAAUUCAGCUGAGACUCUAAUUGGUUCCCCCAAUGUUGAAAACUUUGGAGGGGUUUUGGAAAGUUUAAAGGAAAUGGAGGAAGUUAGAAGAACUAAGGAGAGAAUGCCAUGGGAGAGCGAUGAGAAGUUUGUUUUAGUGAAAAUUAAAAGAAAAAAGGCUGUCACUGCUGCAGAGUUGACUCUUGAUAAGUUACUACUUCGAAGGUUGAGGGAUGAAGCUGCAAGGAUGAGAACGUGGAUCAAAGUUAAGAAAGCUGGUGUUACACAAGAUGUUGUGGAUCAAAUUAAACGGACUUGGAGGAAGAAUGAGCUUGCCAUGGUUAAAUUUGAUAUCCCUUUAUGCAGGAAUAUGAAUAGAGCUCGAGAAAUUGUUGAGUUAAGCAUUUGUCUUGUUUUGAAAGAAUUUCCAACGUUUAGAGCUAAGAUAAGGAUUCAAAUUUGCAUGUAUGCUUAUAGAUAUGCUGCUAUGUAUGAAUUAGUUACAAAGACUGGAGGCUUGGUUGUUUGGGGAAAGAAGGAUUUUCUUGUGGUUUACCGAGGAUGCAAUCAUCAGUUGACAACUAAAGGUUCUCCCAGUCUACGAAAAAAUCUACACGAAAUGAAUGGGGCGGAAUCAGUUACCAAAGGUGAUAUUUGCUCGGUUGGAUCCAACCACAAUUUGAGUGAGCUGCUGAGUUUGAAUGCUAAGAAUAAGGAUUCUAUAUCAACUAGUAUCCAAGAUAUGAAUUUUCAAACGGCCGAUGGUUCAUUGUAUGAGAGGGAAACUGAUAGAUUGUUGGAUGACUUAGGACCUCGCUUCACUGAUUGGUGGAUGCACAAGCCACUUCCAGUAGAUGCUGACUUACUUCCUGAAGAAGUUCCUGGAUUUCAGCCUCCAUUAAGGCUCUGUCCACCUCAUGCUAGUGCUAAACUAACUGAUUAUGAAUUAACAUACUUCAGGAAGCUUGCUCGACCUUUACCAACUCACUUUGUCCUCGGAAAGAACAAAAGACUCAAGGGCUUAGCUGCUGCUAUCUUAAAGUUGUGGGAGAAGAGUCUUAUAGCGAAAAUUGCUAUCAAGUAUGGGAUUCCUAACACUGACAAUGAAAUGAUGGCCAAUGAACUGAAGGCAAGAGGAGUUUUGUUGUUGCGCAACAAGUUUUACAUAGUACUCUAUAGGGGAAAUGAUUUCCUUCCAAAAAGAGUUGCAGCUUUGGUAGAAAACAGAGAAUUGGAGAUUAAAAGUUGCCAACUUCAUGAAGAAGUUGCACGAAUGAAAGCAAUUGAAGCCUUUUCUCCUAUUGAUGAAGUGCCACAAGACACGAGUACAAGUGGAACUUUAACAGAAUUUAUGAAAAUCCAAAGGAAGUUCGAGGAUACAAAAAAUGGAAACAUAGACUUAAACAUUCAACUGGAAGCAGAGAUAUGUAGACUGGAGAAGGAAUUGAAAGAGGAACAACGCAGAGCAUUCAUUCUUAACAAAAAAAUAGAGAAAUCAGGGAAGGAAUUAUCAAAGUUAAAUGCUGCAUGGACACCUAGUGAGCAGGAUUCUGAUUUGGAAAUAAUGACAGAUGAAGAGAGAGAAUGUUUUCGAAAGAUAGGAUUGAAGAUGCAGAGUAGCUUACUGCUUGGAAGACGUGGAAUCUUUGAAGGUGUAAUGGAAGGCCUACAUCAGCAUUGGAAACACAGAGAAGUGGUGAAGGUCAUUACUAUGCAAAAACUAUUCAGUCAGGUCAUCAACACAGCAAAAUUGCUGGAGGCAGAAAGUGGUGGAAUUUUAGUUUCAGUUGAUAAACUGAAAAAGGGCCAUGCUAUUAUUAUAUACCGUGGAAAAAACUAUAGUCGACCUUCAAUGAAGUUAGCAAAAAAUCUUCUAACUAAAAAAGAAGCUUUGCGUAGAUCUCUUGAAAUGCAAAGAAUGGGAUCGCUUAAGUUUUUUGCUCGUCAGAAAGAGCAGAAAAUCUCCGAGUUAAAGCUGCAACUGGCAGACCUGCAGCAGAGAAAGGAAAUUGAGCUGAGAGAAUCUGAAAAUUAA